AGCAUGUUGCAUCCUGAUGUGUGAAAAGUAAUCUUUGUGAAUUCAUUACUUCAUCAGACGCUCGUGCGUAUGCUGAUUUUCAUUCCGCCAUUAGCCCGUCUAGACAACCCGACCGUUUGAUUACGGCAAUUUUAUUAUACACGUAUGGGCAGCGUUUGAUUCACAACUGACAUAUUUGCGAACACAUUAGGGUGGCUUUUUAGAGGCACAAAGCAACGGGCCGGAUGUGACAUGAGGCCUGCAGGCGUGGCAGCUGGUUUCGCGUGUCUCGCCCCCGCAUGUAACACAUGAGGCGGAUAAUGUUCACACCGUCAGACGGAAUGCUGCAUAACGGGGCAUGAGGAGGAAUCGACGCGUACAUACACAGCCAACGCAUACGCGUGUGUUUAUCACCUGCGAAAAGCUGUGAGGUGGCGAAGGCACCCCGCAGGCUAUUAAUCCUGAUUAUUAACGCGUUAAUAGAUCGUGUACAGGCGGCGGAAGAGGGAGAAAAUGUCCAUCAACGAUGAUAACGGCAACAGUCGACGGUCGGACAUUGAGCUACUGAACACUAACCGAACUUGCUUCCUACCGGUAAAAUUACCCCGCACAUUACGGAGCAGCAAUUUCUUUCUCCGCGAAAAUCAACCGUUGUCGUCUCGUCCUUUUUCUCACACCCUCUGAAAUUCACCCCGAUUAGGCGAAAAAUCGCACCGAUUAUCCGAUCGUUGUUAUACAAAUAAUCGACCGGAAGGAUCGUAUCACGUUCAAGGAUACAUCGAGAAUUUUUCGACGUCAGCGUCUCUAGAGGAUAUCCUCACGAUGCAGGCUCAAUCGGAGAAAAACAUUAACAACGAACAGGAUUCCAGGGAAAAUUCUUCCGGAGAUCCUUCACCGCAGAAAGGAUCUUCCAUUACCGAUCGCGCGAGGAGUCGCGGAAGGCGUAAGGAACCCCCGGGAAUCCUUCGCCUCGACAGCACAUCGCGUUCGCCACGAUACAACAUCGCCGCUCCUCUUCUUGCGCCACAGGUGGUUCCGUCCUCUCCGCAACCCUCCGUAGAUCGGCUUUCCGUAACAUUCGCCAUCACCGACGAACCGAGCAACCCCGCUUCUCGAGAAGUCGUUUUCAGGGACCAGAAGUCUCAGCUGGAAUUCAUCAUCGAGCCUCUACCUUCUCUGGUGAACAACAGGGAAGUUGAAAUGCGCCGCGUACCCGCAGUCGCAGACUGCACGGAGGAAAUCGGGGAAGAAGACGACUACUCGGCAUCAGCCAGCGCGAUUAUCCAACGCCGAGCAUCUCUGCGACGUCCCAGUAGGCGAAAGAGACGAUCAUCGUCGCCGUUCAACGCGGAAGCCGAGGGUGGAGUGAGGCGUCGGUCUUCCGCGUUCACGACCAGCUCUGGAGAAACGGCCAUCUCCGUCGAUGAGGGUGGUACGCAGGAACAGAUAUUCGAGAAUCUCAAACUGCACAAGGAGGUCUUGAGCGGGGUCAAGCAACAGCCUUGGCCACUCAGACGCAAAAUAAAGCUGGUGCAGCAGGCCAAGUCCUACGUGAGGCGACACGAAGGCGUUCUUCAGGAAAGGCUGGCGCAGAACCGAAGUACCCGCGACGUGAUUGCCCGGGCUUCAAUCCUGUUCAACAAGUACUGGCAAUAUUUUCGUCGAGAAUUCGUGAACCUUCAGACAUGGCUGAUACCGUGGGAGCUGCGCAUCAAAGAAAUAGAAUCCCACUUUGGAUCAGCCGUUGCUUCGUACUUUAUAUUUCUUCGUUGGCUCUUCUGGAUCAAUCUGGUCAUCGCGGCAACGUUAGCAGCGUUUGUAGCUGUGCCGCAGAUGGUAACUGCCGAUAAGGAACACGAUGGCGAAAGGAAAAUGCUCGACGAGGAAAUUGAGGACUCCAAAAACUUGCUUACCCUGUGGGAAUUCGAGGGCGUGUUGAAGUACUCUGCCUUUUUUUACGGCUGGUACACAAACCGGAACUCCGGAAGUAGUUAUAAUAUUCCUCUGGCCUACUUCCUGGUCAAUCUGGUCGUCUACAUUUACAGCUUCGUCGCGAUACUUCGAAAGAUGGCGGAAAAUUCCCGAAUGAGCAAGCUCUCCGAGAAGGAAGACGAGUGUGGUUUCACGUGGAAGCUUUUCACCGGGUGGGAUUUCAUGAUUGGGAAUCCAGAGACCGCGCACAACCGAAUCGCCAGUAUAGUCCUUGGCUUCAAAGAGGCGCUCCUGGAAGAGGCCGAGAAGCAGAAGGUUGAACGGAAUUGGAAAACCGUGAUCGUAAGAACUUUCGUCAAUCUUGCCGUGGCCUUCUUACUCGCGUUGUCUGCCUGGGCAGUGGUUCUAGUUGUGGCGCGUUCCGAGGAGCCGGAGGCAGAAUCAAGCUGGUGGAGACAGAAUGAAAUCACGGUUGUAAUAGCACUGAUAUCAUUCGUAUUUCCAAUGUUUUUCGAAAUACUUGGCAUCUUCGAGAAUUACCAUCCCCGAAAACAGCUUCGCUUCCAACUUGCACGGAUAAUGGUGCUGAAUCUACUCAAUUUAUACUCUCUAAUAUUCGCCCUAUUCGGAAAGAUAAACAGCAUGACCAAACAGCUCACAGCCCUGCGACAUAACGUGACCAAAACCUUGACGGAUCCGAGGAACUCUACAAGUCGACGAUGCUGUCGAGUAUUCUGCACAAACUUCACGAUGCCUGUGACUACAGCUGCCUCUUUAAGUCUCGGCCUCUUAACAACUAUAACAUCUCAAAACACGACCGCUGGGUUAAUUACUAGCGAUGGAACCCCCAUGGUUGCCCAAGCCUUGACGAAUAACGUUAGUCCGCUGACAAAUGACAUCAGUCUGACAGUCCCGGAAUCGAUAACUACAUCGAGUACCCCGACGACGACAGAUUAUUACGACUACUCCGAUUACGAAACCAACGACACGGACUUUGUAGAAAAUGAUGAGGUAGGAACCGAGCUCAACUCGACGGAAGAAGAACCGCCGGUCACGGUUACGAUAGACAACAACGAAGUAAACACUUCAACUUCAACGAAUCAAGAAUCCAUUGACGAAAUACUAAAUUUCACUGACUCAUCGACAACGGACUCAACGUCAGCUACUUAUUCAAGCUCUACGGUAGACCAGAAUUUCACCGGCAUUUUGGUCGACUUUACUGGAACCACAACGUCGAGUACUACCAACAGUUUACCUUCCACCGAAACUUCCCCUGUCUCUACUACUAGUAAUGUAAUCGACAGGAAAUGUACCGUUGACGAGAUGACUGUAGAUCAUUUGGGAAGCGACAAACCGACACAUAAGGAAACCAAAGAUUGCUGGUAUCAGUGCUGCGAACCAGAGAAAAAAGCAGAAGAAACAGAUUCACCUGUACCAAAUACAACACAGAUGGAUAUUAAUGAGCGCAAAAAGCUGCGCCGUUUGUGUUGGGAAACGAUGUUCGGUCAGGAACUGACUAAGCUAACGGUCAUGGAUUUGGUACUCACCGUACUAUCCACCCUGGGUAUGGACUUUUUUCGGGCAGUUUUCGUACGGCACAUGAACAACAUAUGGUGCUGGGACCUCGAAAAGCAGUUCCCGCAAUACGGCGACUUUAAAAUAGCCGAAAAUAUUUUACACCUUGUUAACAACCAGGGAAUGGUGUGGAUGGGGAUGUUCUUCAGCCCAGGAUUACCGACCCUAAACGUAAUCAAGAUCGGAAUAUUGAUGUACCUCCGGUCCUGGGCGGUCCUGACCUGCAACGUGCCACACGAAAUCGUCUUCAGAGCUUCGAGAUCCAACAACUUUUAUCUGGCUCUACUCCUGACGAUGCUUUUCCUAUGCGUCUUACCAGUAGGCUAUGCAGUCGUUCGGGUUGAACCGUCCUGGCACUGCGGACCAUUCUCUGACCAGCCGAUAAUGUACAGCUUGAUCACAAAUAGUCUCAAGUCGGCAUUACCCAAAGAUUUUGCCAUAAUCCUGGACUAUAUAGCAUCACCGGGAAUUGUCAUUCCGUUGAUAGUGCUCAUGGCGUUGAUCAUAUACUACAUGGUCUCCUUGACGGGAUCUCUGCGGGAGGCAAACAACGAUUUGAAGAUUCAGCUACGUCAAGAACGCACCGAGGAAAGACGAAAAAUGUUUCAAAUUGUGGAGAAGAGGCAAGAAAUUCAGGAUGCCCCGUUUGUUAGGUGGAAAAAAAUUCUUCCAGUCCUACCGACGAACAAGACGGCAGGGGUCGUUGUGAUCGAAGAGGGAACUGCUGCAAAUGUCACCCUACAACGUAAAGAAUUAAGAAAACAAUCCGCAGCCUCCGAAGCUGGGGAAGCGACUGACGUUGAACAGGACUCAUUGCCGCACGAUCCUGGUAUGGUGAUGCCAGAAGUAGUCGUCGACGUCGAUCCGAACAACAAAAAACACGUCAAACAGAUUAAAAACCGGAGUUGUUCGAGUGGCUCGGUGAGGGAAGGAGAUUCCAUGGGGUCACAGGGUAGCGAUUAUGGGGUGAUACCGAAAAUUCGUAUCAGCGGAACCGGGAGCGCGACAGAAAUUGAACAUCACUCAAGUCCUGGUAGAACUUCCGCCACUUCUGUAGAGUCUCAGAGCCGAGCAGGUCCUUCGAAAACUUCGUCUUCUGAAGCGAAGCCUGAAGCGGAAUGAGGAGUUUUUC